AUGGCAGUAUCUCUUGGCCCUUUAUCUGAUCCGAGGGUAGAACUUACACUCACGCAAAUCAACCAGGAGCUUCAGUUGUAGCUGGCAGAGAAGAAGCAGGACUUCCAAGACCUCCCAGAGAAAUUCCUUGUAUCCCAAGCUACUGCCUACUCCCUGGCCAACCAGCUGCAGAAAUACAAGUAUGAAGCAUUUAAGGACAUCAUUGAAUCUGUGCUGGGGGAGAAGCUGCUGUUUGAGGCGCUGAGGCUAGCAGAGAAGCUGGCAGAGAAGCCCACGCAAGCUGAGAGGACAUGUGAUAUCCUAACUCGAAGUCAGGCACGAGAGCUGACCCAGUUACGGCGGACAUUACGGGAAGUGAAAGAUGACUCUGUCCUACUCCAGCAGCACCUCAAGGACCUCCUCACCCACAACGACCUUGACAACCACCAGGGGCAGGGCUUCUAAGAGCGGCUGACUGAGGGACACAGGCUGGCAGAGCACCUUGCCCACAAGCUCAGCCCAGCUAAGGGGGCCACAAAAUUCGUGAAGAUGAGGAAGAUGAACAAGCACAAGAGAUACUCACAUCUAGGUAACAGUGAACUAGCAGGAGCUGGUACCAUACUGGGAUGGUUGAGUCUCACUCCUCAUCAGACGUUGUGUGGCCAGUGCACGGAGUACCUGCUGGUCUCCCUCUCCUGCCCCAUGGCAGCCACACUCCACCUCACGUACGGGAGGAUAGUUCCUUCCCUCUUUAAGGGGACUGCCCUUUUGGUUUCUCUGACACUCCCGAUGCCUCCCAUCAAAACCAGGCAGGGCAGCUUGGGGUCGGAUCCUCUUUGUUUAAUUUUCUGUCAUCCCUCUCCCACCUGGCACAACGUGGAGCUGCAGGAGGUUGAAAAGAAGGAAGUGCCUCAGGAAUCCCAGGAUGAAUGUGUUUUGACUCCUUCAAUUCUCCAAGGAAGUUCUGACUGCAACCAGCCUUACAGUGAUGGCAAAUUUGCAUUUGAUGAAUCAGAAGUGGACCCUGCUCCGGAUGGAGCCUGUGGUUGCUCCCAUGCUGAAGAGGAUGAAAUUCCAACUGAUCUCCCAAGUAGCCUCCAUAUUUGUUCCCCACACCUGUGUAGACUGAGGAAGGUCAUCUCUGAAGAUAGUCCCUAUAGCUACAUCUUGCUUAAAUCAGGGAAAAGGGUCUAUUAUGAAACACAGACAUCAGGUGGCUCAGGGAGCCUUUAUCCCUUUCUAGGCCCCAGUCAUGCCUUUGUCACCCUGACACCAGUGUCAGGCAUUUGGACUCAAAUCAGGUGUGACAAACUCUCAUCCACCUUGGGUGGAAAUCUACAGGAGGUGUUUGUCAGACUUAGUUUGGAUCAAAUGUGUCUUGUCACCUGCAAUGACCUAAUUUUUGUUUUUUUGUACAAUGUCCCUGGCCUUCCUAUCCCUAUCCAGACAAAACGGCAGACUUGCAUAUACAUCAGGAGAGGUUGUUUCCCUGGUUUCACUGCUCUCAGUCCCAACAAUCAAAAUGAUCAUAAGCAAGUGGAUGGACAAGAGCCAGUAUCCCCCAGCGUGAACCUACAGGAUGUUGGAAAGAAGGAAGUGCUCCAGGAAUCCCAAGAUGAAUGUGUUUUGGCUCCUUCAACUCCCCAGGAAGGUUCUAACUGCUACCAGCCUUACAGUGAUGAAAAAUUUGCAUUUGAUGAGGAGAAAGUGGGGUCUGCUCUGGAUGGAGCCUGUGGUUGCUCCCAUGCUAAAGAGGAUGAAAUUUCAACUGGUCUCCCAGAAAACCAAACUGAUCACAAUGACCUUCAAGGACCAGUAGCUAUUGCCACAAGGCUCAGCAGGGAGCUGCCACAGAUGGUAGAGAAUGGUGUUCCACGGGACUCACUGGAUGAAUACUGUUUGAUUUACUCAAUUCUUCCUGGUCUGUCAGACUCCUUCUGGCCUUAUACAAGUGCUGCCUUCUUCUCAUUUGAGGAAGUGGAUGUCUCUUAUGCUUGGGAUCAUGACCGGUCCCUUAACCCUCCCAUCAAAACCUGCCAGGACUCCGUGUUCACGAAUAUUUGCUGUUUAAUCAUCAGUCCUCCCGACCCCACAAAGCUCAGUCUGGAGCUGCUGGCGUUAGAAGAGAAUGAAGUCCAGCAGGACUCACUGGAUGAAUGUGAUUUGACUGGUUCUAUCGGCCAUCGUCUGUCAGACUCCUGUACGCCUUACACAAGUGCCUCAUUCCAAUCGGAUAAAAGGGAGGUCUCCACAGUUCUAGACCUAAAUGGUGAGUACUCCCUGGGACCAUCCUCUUUCCUGUUUCCCGUUCCUCCUGAGAAAUGGAACACGUGGUUAUUGUGCACCUGUUGUAUACCAUGCACCUUACUAAGCAAACUCCAUGUGAGCCAUAACCCAUUCAGUCCUCGGGGGACACUCUCAGGUGACACCUGGGAGGACUGUCACCAAAGGCCUUUGAGUUUCCAAGGCCCAGGGGUACAAACUUCACAAGCACAGCUGCAGAAAAGCACCCACAUGACCAAUUAUCUGCAACUGCAGCUGGACCAGCAUUUCAAUUGUGGGCACAGCAAAGCCACACUUGGUCUUUCCUCCACCAUCUGGGGCUUUACUGCCAACCCCGAUUCUGGAAGCCAAGGACCACUUUCAGAGCUGGGUUUGGAUGCUUCCAUUGGAAUGAAGAACCCUCCCAAGCUGGAGGGUGAGGUCUUAGCUGCCAGCAAGCAUGAGUGUCUGGUCUGUAGCAAGAUUAAUGCCUUAAGUGUCCUGAAACAGAAGAUUAUCACAAGAAAACUGCUGUUCAGCAAGUGGAGACUAGCAUGCCAAUUCCCUGGCCUUCAAGCUUAG